AUAACAACAACUUCUGGGUCAUACAUAUUCCUAGUGAAGUGACCAUGAAAUUACAUGUUGCUCUUAUCCUGCUCUUUUCAUUUGCUCUGUACACAAACAGCACCAAUGCAAGAAAAGAUCCUGGAGAUCAAACAUCUUAUGCCUCAGCAUUCUGUUCCUCUCUCCAUAGAGAAAACUGAUUGUUACACAUCACCUUCUAUUGGAGGUGAAGCCUUUGAACCAAGGCCUAAUAUAUCUGUCUACCACGAUGACGCCAAGCUGAAAGAAGCUGAGAAAUUAUUAUUUACGAAAGAUUUUGAGCCAAGGCCUACUAUAACUGGUUAUCAUGAUGAUGAUGCUGGUCUUAAACAAGAAAAUCCCUUUAUCAAAGAUUUUAAGCCUAGGCCAAAUGCUUCUGUGUACCAUGAUUGAUAUUGCAUAUAAUGUACUGUGUGUCUUUUUACAUUUGUGAUUUACAUUUUGUAUGCCUCCUGGUAUUAAGUGAUUUAUGAAAUAAAGAUUUGUAACCAUAUUUGAUGGUUAUAUUGAAGUAUCUCUUUACAUUA